AUUUUAAAUAAUUUAUUUAGUAUAAACAAAAUAAGUCAUUUUUUUCUAAAUAAAAACAGUGCUUUUUAUAGCUAUUAGUACAUACCCUGUAGUGUGCUGGAUCCCAUGCACUUCUAGGAAUUUAAUUAUUCACACCUGCCGGUUGACCUUUGGACCCUAACUUCACUGUUUAACCAGGCACUUUUUCAAUAUAAAAGUCACAAAAUGACAUCACUGGAGGCGAUUUUGCAGUCACAGAGGUCACUGGAGACUUCUUUUGCGAGGCGGUUUGAAGAACUGGAUGCUGCAUUGAAGUCCGCUUCACCCUCACCCCUCACACAUACUACCAUCAGCAGCUUGAGCAAGGAAGUUACCAGUUUCAAAGCACAUUUCAAUGCUAUGCUGCUGCUCCUCCGUCAGCAAAUAGAGGUGAUUAGCAACACUGUCGACACCAUCGAGAUGAGGCACCGCAGGAAGUAUUUGCUGUUUGGCGGAGUUGCAGAAGCUGUUAAUGAAGACAUCUCCGAGGUAAUUGUCUCUGUUUGUCAGCAGAACAUGGCUAUGCAAGAGGUGACCCGCAGCUCCAUUCUAGUAUGUCAUAGAAUUGGUGGCAAAACUGACCGGCCUCGUCCUGUCCUUGUCAGAUUCUCUGACUAUGCAGUUAGAAAUGCAGUAUGGGCCAAAAAAACUGCACUUAAAGGUACAUCUGUAGUCUUGUCAGAGUUCCUGACCAGGCAAAGGCAGACGUUGUUCCUUGCAGCCCGCAGGCAUUUUGGAGUGCGCAGUGUCUGGAGCCUUGAUGGUAACAUCUACAUAAAACUAUCCAGCGGCAAGAAGGAACGAGUGACGACGUCCGAACAGCUUCAGGCCUUGACCGCCCAGCAUGCGCCUGUGCAGUCGUCUGGUAAUAGCGUUGCACCUGCGCCUGCGUCGGCCCCCUUGCUUGCACCGUCUUCCUCGGCCGCAGCCGGCGAGCCUGCUUCAGAUCCUGCUCUGAUACCCGCCUCCCAACCGCCAGUGAAGGUUCUGCCCACGAAGCAGACCGAAGAACGUCGUACGAGACGUGCGCCAUAGCGAUACUCCUUCCGUUUCAUGCUUUGUUUUGCUUGUAAUCGAGUAGUACACAACAUGGGUAUCGCUCGCACGGUAGGUUGUCAAAUCUGCAGUUGCAAUUUAUUAAUUAUCAACUACCUCUCUUUUAGUUGUUAAAGUAAUGUUUUGAAUCACUUUUAACACUAUA